UUUCCAGGCACACAACCAAAGGUAAGGCAAUGUCGUCCGCAUGCUCCCGCCGCGCGCUAAUGGCCAUCCGUACGGAAGCUAAUUUGGGCAGGGCGGCAACCGACGGGCAGGCGAGGCCCUCUCAUGGCCGCUCGCGCGCCCUACAAAACGCGGCGCCGCGCCACCCCACCCUCUCCCAGGCCUUGCAGAGAGCGACCGAGCCGCCCUCCCCCCGCCCCGCUCCCACCACCGGAAUAAACCGCGCCUCGCCGGCCGACCUCUCCCCCUCCUCCUCGACCGCCUAGCCGCUUGCUGUUUGUUUCUUUUGCGCAGGCCCCGUGCAACCGUACCGUACCCGCGAGGAGAGAGAGGCAGAAGCCAUGGAGAUGAAGAAGAUCGCCUGCGCCGUGCUGAUCGCCCUGGUGGCCUCCGCCUCCCUGGUCGCGGCGACCACCCCGGCCGCCGAGGCGCCGGCCGAGUCCCCCGGCGCGACCGGCGCGGCCGCCGGCGCGCCUGCCGGAGCAGCCGCCGGAGCCCCGGCCACCAGCGGCGCCAUCGCCGGCGCGCCCGGCGCCGCCGCGCUCCUCGUCUCCCUCGUCGCCUACUACCUGCACUGAGACGCGCACGCUCCCACGCGGCGCCACGCAGACGCGUCGGUUGAUUUGAUUUAAAUUUAAUUUAAUUUCAAUUCAAUCCACCGAUCAACGAAUGACCACUCUAUGAUGAUUACGCCGCACAUUUAUCGGCACUACUACAUGUAAUUCCUCUUUUCGACCCGUUUGGUAAACUCAACCCAAUCCGCGUCUGUAACCCGUGGCCAAUGGCGCCGUGUUAUCAUUUCAUUCGAACAAAUUGAAUGAUAUUUGUUGUGAUUCUAUUCUAUUCUA